ACGGGCCACAGCUGCCUUAUUGAAUGGUGGAUUUUUGGGUGGCAAUUGUAAUACUCAGAUCCCUGAUUUCAUCGCCACCGGUACGGAACACAAAGUUGGUCUGAUUUUCAAGGGUUCCUUUGGGCUCAGACAAGCGUUUUUGCUCAGGACUCUGAAACUCGACUCAGUCCCUGUUCCUCGAGAACUAAUUGAGUCGAUAUGA